GAGAACAACACCUUUAAACUUCAAAUAUAGAGUUUUGGAAACUUCAAAAUAGAGUUCAUUUUUGGAGAUGUUCUUAUACUCCAAAAGAAACUCUAUAACUUCAAAUGUAGAGUAUUUUUAUUUUCCAAAAAGCAAAUUCAAAACUUUAAAUUUGAAGUUUUAUCCUUUUAUUUGCAUCUUGAUCCAUAUAAUUAAUUGUAUGUCACAUUUAUGAUUCUUAAGUAUUUUCUCAUUCAUAGUUUUAAUCUUUAAAACUUUUGUAGAUUUUAAAUAUUUUAAAUUCAAAUUUUACACAUAAUUUAAAAAAUAAAAUAAAAUAAGAUUUAUAAUAUUUAAAAGUAGAAUUAGACAACAAGAAAUAUUACAAAAGAAACUUAAUAGAAAUUGUUUAAAGAAGAUACAUGAAGACAUAAAUAUUACAACAACACUAAUAGUCUAGUAAAUUUUCUCCGGAACUUUUAAAAUAUUUUCUAACCAAAUUUUAAGUAACCAAAAAUGAAGCAUUAAGAAAAUAAUUUUAUGAAAUAAUAUGGUAUUUUGCUUGUAGUUUAAUAUUUAAUUAUGUAUUUUUAUUUAUAAUUUCAUAUUUUAAUAUAAGAUUAAUUAAUAUUACUAUAAUAUUUUUAUAUAUGUGCUACUUAUCUAUAAAAGUUUUAUGGAUUUAUAUUAAUUAUGACAAAUAUAAAGAACAUAAUGUAAAUUACAAAUAAUUUUGAAGUUUUGCUUUUAAAGAAAAACACCUUGAAACUUUAAAUAUAGAAUUUGCAAAACUCUAAAGCAUAAAUCUUAGAGCAAAAAAAUAUAAAGCGGUAAUCUAAAUGAAAUUGCAGGUUAUCUUUCCGACAUCACAAACUUUGCUGUUCUCUUCUCUUUGUUAUCUUUUACCUUUAAUCCGUACACAAUAAUCUGUUUAUUUGUUGUUGUAACAAAGACUAUAAUCAAACUUUGUUCUUCGUCUACUCUUGUUUGAGUUUUAUGAAAUAAAAUCGUUGACCAAAAUAAAAAAGUUUGACCAAAAAAAUAAAUAAAACAGAAGCCAAACCAAAUAGUACAAACUAUUACAUGAUAGAUUUGGUUCACUUCGGUAUAACUGUUUCUUCCUAAAUUAAAUCUAACAAUAAAAACCACAAAACAAACACAAAAAUUAACAGCAUAUCAGCCGGGUACGUAAUCACCUCAAAACACACACAGACAUAUAAAAUCCAAUAAUUAAACCCAAUAUUAUACAAGUAUCAUUAGUAUUGUUUCUUUUUUUUUGUGCACCCAUUAGUAUUGUUUCUUCAAGUAUAAGUAUUUGAUCAGGUUUCUUAGACUAGUACUUUAACAGAACCUCACUAUUAAUUAUCCCAUGUUUAGAGCAGUAUCAAUUUCGAAACAAAGGAUACAUAUAAAUUUUCAUAUUUUAGUGGUGAUCCCAUGUUUUCAACUCAAAAGAAUGUGAUUGUAUAUAUAAAAUGUGUCUAUAUAAUAUGAGACCCAGCAGAGAUAAAUACUCCUAAAUAAUGAUAUACCCUUAAAUCAUGUGAGGUUUCUUUUGAGCUUUAGUUUGUCGUUUGCUUAAUUUGUCUCCAACUAGGCCGUCUUAAUGGUCCCCAAAGCACCCACUUAAUCAUUAAUUAACCCACAUGUCUCCCCCUAAAUUUGACAUUAAUCUUCAUCUUCAACUCUCCGGAUCUCAAAAUAUCAAAAUACACAAUCAGAAAAAAAAAAAAAAUAUCAACCUAAGAAUUGUCUUCCGAAAAAGUUGCUGAUUUAUUCAGGAUGCUUAACUAUAUAUUACAUAUAAAUGAUGUAACAUUUACUUAACGUUAUAGAGUUCGAAAAUUUACUUAGACGUGGGUAGCCAUAAACUGGGUUUAUUAGAAAAGUUGCAAGAUGUGAUUUGCGCAAUUAGGUGUCAUCCACGUGAGACUUUCAUUUAAUUUUUAUUAAUUAGCUUAAUUUACUAACUUUAACUCAAUCUGAUUUGCGCAAUUAGGUGUCUUCCACAAUGAAAAACAUAGCAAUGGAUUUGUAGCUUAGAAAUACUAUAGAAUAAUAUGUGCUUUGACAAAUAUCACAAAUUUCUAUUUUGAUGGUAAUUUUGAACACCAAACAAGAAAAGUCCUAAAAAUUCUAUGCUUUUUCUUACGACAAUUUAUGCAAGUAAAUAUGUUGUAGCGUAUUAAAACAAUUUAUACAAGUAAAUAUGUUGUAGCGUAUUAAAACUAGCUAGUCAACUGGGGUAUAGGAUAAUGGUACUACUGGUAACCAAAUUAAACAAUAACCAAAGCAUUUAUGUAUAUACUACGAGUAUACUUAAAAAAAAAACAUGCCAAGAGUAUUAUGUUAAAAUCGUUUAACAAAUGUUCAUGCCCAUGGUUGCUACUUAUGUAAUAAAUUAUUGAAAACCUAAAAUAAUUUAAUUAACCAAUCAAUUAAUAGUCCGUAUAAUUAGGGAUUGAAAGCAAAGCUGUCCUUUUCUCUUUUGAGAGCUCGUGAUUCGAACUUUGGUUUGAUAAGUUCCAUGCCUUUUGAUAUUAAAUAAAAUAAGCCAGCUGACCUCAUUUCCCAAUAAUCUUAUUGAUUUUGGUAAUGGAUGGCAUCAAUAAUCGUUAACCAACCAUCUAAUUAUUGGAAUAAUUAUAGAAUAUGAAAACUAAGUACAUAUCUUUGUUACCGGUACUUCUUCUGUUUCAUAAUAAAUAUCGUUUAAAAUUUCUGCACACGAAUUAAGAAAAUUGUUUAAAAAAAAUUGUUUUUACUCAUAUUUAAUAAUCUCUUUGUUUCAUAAUAUGUGUCAUUUAAGGUUUUUGCACACAUAAUAAGAAAAUUAUUAAUUUUUUUUGUUUUACCCCUAUUUAAUACAAUUUUGUUUGGUUUUAUUAAUUAAUGAAUUGAAAAUAAGGGUAAAAAUUAAAAAUAUGUUUAAAUUAUGCAUUAGAAAUGUAAAAUAAUAUUUAUAUUGAAACAAAAUUUAAAAUCUAAAACGACACUUAAUAUGAAACGGAGAGAAUACAAUUUUUGUUUGAUUUUAUUAAUUAAUGAAUUGAAAAUAAAGAUAAAAAUUGGAAAAUCUGCAUUGGAAAUGUAAAACAAUAUUUAUAUUGAAACAAAAUUUAAAAGCUAAAACAACAUUUAAUAUAAAACAGAGGGACUAUACGUUAAGUGUUUAAUUAAUAAUUACUUUCGUCCAAUUGUGUUUUUUUUUUGGGGUACACGUUCACAUUUGUUCUACACAAUCUGUAAAUAACGUACAUACUACUAUAUAGCUAACUAGGUUUCAUUCAUUUUUUUUUUGUAAAAGGCUUCCUAGGUUUCAUUCAUGCUUCCGUUAUAACUGAAUCAAUUGAGAAAGUCAACGAUGCGUAAAUGUAUGGAGCACUUUAGUUUGGUGAACAUGCUUAUAAAUACCAACAUGAUACACCUCGGUUACUACAUUAGUAUCGCACACUCUCGGCUUUACCGGUCCAUCACGUUUAAGAACCUGAGCUGAAACCCAAGAUAUAAAGUAACCGAGAUAUUUGCGCAUUUACGUUCUGAAACUCCAAGUUGUAAACACCACACCAAACACACAUGGAUUUGGUUUUGGGAAUCUUGCUUAUUAUUACUGGUUGAUAUAGAUCGGAAAAUUUUCUCAUGUAAAAAGAAAAGAGUGGGAGGAGAAGGGCACGUGGAGCAUAAGAGAGCCGACAAAGAGCAUCUCUUUCAGACUUUGGAGUUUGUGUCUAUCUCUCUGCCAACAGUUCAUGCGAUGCCUCUCCUCUCUUUAUCUUCGUCUUCGUUUCUUUUACUCUCUCUCUCUGGUUUUGGAAUUGUCAGCGAUAUCUUCGCGUCUUCUUGUUAUUUCACUCACUCCAAUGCGUAGUCUCUAUCUAUAUACAUAUGUGCGUGUAUUCACAAUUUCAAUUUAAGAAAAAGAUAAAGUUUUCACAUAUUUCUGUAAAAAUACCUUUAGAUCUAGAUGAUAUUGACAACUGGAUCGUUUGACUAUCAACUAAGUAAAGUCUACAUUUUUAUAUAUAUACCAGUUUCUAUUCAACGCACAACACUGGAUAUUAUAACCGUGAUGAUCGACAAGUAGUAAAGUAACAUUGUUGAUGCGGCUAUUUUCUUCCGGACAUUUUGAAGUAUUAAGAUAAUUAAUAUUCAUCAACACAAGGACAUUUCAUUAUCUAUCACCAAUAAAAGUCAAUCAUAUGCUAACAGACUCUUUCCAACAUAUAACAAUAGGUGAUUGAUAGUUGUUGUACUUAUCAUUGGAAUGAGCUAGUUAUAAGAUUGUUUAUUAUAGGUAUAUAGUAUACACUAAUCAGGUAACAAUAAUUAAUAAUUAUAUAACCAACACAUGCAAUAAUGUAGAAGGUGUACUCAAUGAAUCAUUUGUCAUGAUUUGUGUUAAUAUGGCGAAUCCCAAAUCAUUUAAUCAUCGGUUUUAGAGUACAUAUAAAAUUUUAAAUGUCUUUUAAGUGAUACCAACUAAUUCCUGCCUGAUAAUUAAAAGGUUUGAACCCUUGUAUCUUUUUCAUCCAAGUUCUAACAUAUAUUCCCUUUGUUUCGAAAGGACCCUAGAAAAAUCAUUUUUUUAAAAAAAAAUACAUUUUUACCUUUUCAAUGUAUUAUUUAGUGGUAAAUUGUAAAUUUCAAAAAAGUUAUUGUGUUUAUUGAAUUUCUGUUGAAUAAAAGUUGUGCAAAUAAUUAACUACAAAACAAUGUAUUCAUAAUCAAAAUUUUAUAUGUUUUUAUGAAUAUACGUGAAAACUCUAAAACUUACAUCUUUUUAACACAUAAGAUGUAUAUAUGUAAGGUAGGCGUCAUGUUAAUUGUAAUGGCUAAUGGAACUUGAUACUCAUAUAUUUGUUAAUGAUUUGAACUAACUGAUUGAAACAACAACCACUCGCUGCCAACAUUACUUGCCGAUCUAUUAAAAUUCAUAAUAAUUCGAGGGAUCACAAUCUUUUCAAUCCAAACAGUGCAUCAUUUUUUGUCCUAUCGAAUUUUGAUCGGUUGGAUAAUUACUAUGUGAAGAAAUUUAACGGUUUAGUACAAAAGAGCGAGGAAGUGGGACCAAAAACACUGCCCAUACAUAGAAGGAAUGAAGUCACAGUGAAAAUUCAUAAGCACAAUAAUAACAAAAGUCUCAUAUAUUUAUUUAACCCUAGCUUGCCAAUCACAACCCAAAGCUAGAGUCUCUCACACACACCUCAAUUAGUUUAAACAAAAACCCUUUUUAACUUUCCAAAUUUCACUUCAUCCAACUCACAAGAGAGAGAGAGGUUAGCUACAGCAAAAGUAGGUAGAGAGAAGAGAGAGAAGCCCUACAAAACUAGAAGGAAUAAGAGACGAAGAUGAAGAAGCUCCAGCUUGGAUUUCGUUGUGCAUCAUUACUACUCUCUUCCUUCUAGUUUCAGACAGCAAAACAAGACAAAAAGUAAGGUCAACUUCAAGAUCUGGGAGCUCUUAGAUCCAUAAGUAGUCUCUUCUUUUUCUUGAUCUAGUUUCCACACCAUCGAAUCAUAGAAUAUGGAUCCAGUGCAAUCUCAUGGAUCACAAAGCUCACUCCCUCCUACUUUCCACUCAAGAGACUUCCAGUUACAUCUUCAACAACAGCAACAGCAACAAGAGUUCUUCCUCCAUCACCACCAGCAACAAAGAAACCAACCCGACCAAGAUGAUCACCAAGGAGGAGGACGACUAAACAGGCAAAUCAAGAUGGAUCGUGAAGAGACAAGCGACAACAUGGACAACAUGGCUAACAACAGUGGUAGCGAAGGUAAGGACAUGAACUUAGGAGAAGGAGGAAGCGGCGGUGGCUCAGGAGGAGAUCAGAUGACGAGGAGACCAAGAGGAAGACCAGCUGGAUCCAAGAACAAACCAAAACCACCGAUUAUCAUCACGCGGGACAGCGCAAACGCGCUUCGUACCCACGUGAUGGAGAUCGGUGACGGCUGCGAUCUAGUCGAGAGCGUGGCGACUUUCGCACGGAGACGCCAGCGCGGCGUUUGCGUUAUGAGCGGUACUGGAAACGUCAUGAACGUCACCAUACGUCAGCCUGGAUCCCCAUCUCCUGGCUCAGUCGUUAGCCUUCACGGAAGGUUCGAGAUUCUUUCUCUCUCUGGCUCUUUCCUCCCUCCUCCGGCUCCUCCUAAUGCCACCGGAUUGAGCGUUUACCUCGCUGGAGGACAAGGACAGGUUGUUGGAGGAAGCGUGGUCGGUCCUUUGCUAUGUGCUGGUCCUGUGGUGGUUAUGGCCGCGUCUUUUAGUAAUGCGGCGUACGAGAGACUCCCGUUAGAGGAAGAUGAGAUGCAAACACCGGUUCACGGAGGAGGAGGAGGAGGAGGAUCAAUGGAGCCACCGCCGAUGAUGGGAGGACCAAUGCCACAUCAGCAACAAGCUAUGUCGGCUCAUCAAGGGUUACCACCUAAUCUUCUUGGUCCGACUCAUCAAGGAUUACCACAACAUGAUAAUCAGUCUUAUUGGUCAACGGGACGACCACCCUAUUAAUCAUAUUACACAUUACCUUAUGGUCGUAGCUAAGUUAUAUGUAAAUUUAUAGCUAGCUAACGAAGAGUUAUCACGAGCUUAUGAACAAAUAAGACUAUGAAUUUGGUCGAGGAUUAUGUGGUGGAUAAGGAUUCGAUCCAGCUUCACUAAGUCAACAUAUGAAUCAGGUUUUCUUUUCUCUUAUUUUCUUUUUGGUUCGUUUGGUUGGUAGAUCUUUCUACAUUGAUUUGAGUAACAUUUUAGUUGUUUCUUGGUUUAUUUUGAUGAAUUUUCAUUUCUAGUUUGAAUUUGCUUCUGUGUUGUUGGUUCUAAGUUUGGCUUAUUCUUAUCAAUAUUUUAUGAUGUUUUUUCGACUAUUCUUAUUGUUCUUUAAUUUUUUGUUUUGUUAAUGGGUGACAAUUCUUAUAGUUCGUAACAUAUUCUCAAUUUGAAACUAUUCAGACACAAGAUCUAGUUUAACAGGCUUUGGCAUAUUUCCGCAGUCUUAGAGUGAAGUAGAUGGUUUGUGUUGAUUCAGUAGUACUGUCUACGUCAAAGGAUAUGUUAUAAAGUUCAAGGAAGUUUCCUAAACUAGAAAGGCACUUAUGUUGGUAACCAUUACUGGUAUGAUGAAAUGAUUAAGUUUAUCUGUAAGUAGAAAUGUUUUAUAAUCAGAGGUUUUCAUCUCAUCCUUAAUCAUUACGGAUAUUUUAUUUUAUUUUUUUGCUAAAAUCAUCAUUACGGAUAUCCAAAUUUCAGUCAAAAGCUUAUGUGGAUAAGAUAAUUAUCACCUUAAUUAGUCAUUGCAUGAUGAUGGAUGUGUUUACACAUGUCGUUUGUCGGAGUGUAUAUGUUUAGUUUAUGGUAAGUUAAAAUCACAAAUAUAUGUAAUAAAGAUGUAUAAAAUAUCCAUAUUUUUAUUUAGCUGCGUGCAUUGAGCAUGGAUAUAUAAGAAAAGCUGCAAUACCGGCGGCUUAAACGGUAGCUAACAAUUUACGAGAAAAGUAGAGAGGUAUGGGAGCUUUAUGUGCAUGUUCUCUCUGCAUACAAAAACUUAUAAGCGCACAUAUAAGUGAUACUAGAUAUUUGAGUGUGUGUGUGUAUAUGUGGAUAAGAAGAUAAUACAUUUGUUCAAAUGUUGCCUCACACGUGCGCUUGCUUGUCAAUAGUCAAUACCAUGUUCCUUUCGGGACUACCAGCUACUUCAUGUUCUUUAAAUGCAUAGAGCAUAGUAUAGUCAUUUAUAUAAGCUAUAGUCGUGACCAAAAAGGAGUUAAGUUUAUAGGUUUCCAAUUCAAAACCAUUUGGUUUGAUAAUAAAUUGAUUGGUUCUUUUUUUGAACUGCGAAUUGAUUGGUUCAAGUCAUUUGAAUAUUAAUGUUAAUCCGUACAAAUACAAAUAUCUGAUGUGGAUCAUAAAAACGAUUUUUAUUAUAUAUAUCAUCAAAUGAAACUCUAAUAUAUAUAAUAUCUUUUGGAUUUAUAAUGUAACAUCAAUUGAUAAUGUGUAUUGAUUUGAAUUUUAUACGACAUUGGUGUUGUCCUCAACUUUCGGAAGUCCUGACUAAAUAAAUGUACGUAUUGCUUUCUCAAAGGGACGUGCAUGCUCACAACAUCAAUAGGGUUACAUUUUAAGGUAUACACUUAAAGCAUAUAUUUAACAUCAAGCAUAUUAUUUUUACAAACCAUUUCAUAUCUUAUAAGAACUCAUUGUCAAUGUAUCUUUUUAUUUGAUAUAGUAAAAUAUAUUUUAGUUAUAUAGUCAAACAGAAGAUAUUUUCAACGCAUAUAAUUAUCAAGUUGUCAAGUUUGCUUAUUGGGUUAACGUUAAGGGUGUAACUGGUAACAACUAAAAUGAAUAUAUGGAAUGAUAUGAAUUAUUAUUUCUGGAAUUUAAUGGAAUGGAAUCAUCAUUUUACUUAUUCCAAAACGUUUUUGAUUUGGAUUGAUUUUUCAAAUGAUAGUUAAUUUUUUUUUUGGAAUGAUAUAGAAUAAAAUGGAAUACAUAUUUCAUUUUUUAUUUGUAAUUGGUGAACUUUUUUUGCAAUGCACAUGAAUUAAACAUUCACUAGACCUUGACCCGCCCGACCGGGCGGGCAUUUAUUUUAUGUUUUUAGUUUUUUUGUUUAUAUUAAAUGACGUAUUUGUAAUAUUAAAACAUAAA